AUGCAUAUUUCGAAGGUAUUCUCCGCAUUUUGGAUCUUCGGACUAGUUAACAAUUUACUAUAUGUGGUCAUUCUUAGUGCCGCUAUCGACUUGGUGGGGCCAACAACACCAAAAGCGGUGGUUUUGAUGGCCGACAUCUUACCAUCUUUCCUUUUCAAAUUAUCGGCUCCAUUUUACAUACAAUACGUUAGCUACACCUUCAGAAUAUGGAUAUUGCUUUUCUUAAAUAGCUUUGGAAUGCUCAUUAUAUCAUUUGGAACAGGUAUAUCUACCAGAAUGCUGGGAAUAAUUCUUGCUUCGUUCGCCUCUGGUUUAGGCGAGAUCACUUUUUUGCAGAUGACACAUUUCUAUGAGGAAUUAUCUCUUCAUGCGUGGUCUUCCGGAACAGGAGGGGCGGGACUUGUUGGUGCUUUUAUGUUUAUGCUAAUGACUACAAUUCUUGGCUUUUCUGCUAAGACUACACUUUUGGUACUGGCUGUAAUUCCGAUCAGCAUAGUUCUGACAUACUACUUCAUUCUUCCUGAUUAUGGCAAGUUGGGCAAGCCAAAAGUAGAAUCAGAGGAAUUAGAGGGUCUAAGGUCCAAUGCAAGAAUUGAAAAUGUAAAUCAUCAUGAAAUAACUCACAUUAACAAUAAGUCUCACGCUCUGUGGUAUUACUGCAAAAGAACAAUUCAUCGUAUACUGCUGUAUGCAAUUCCCUAUAUGGGACCCCUCUAUACGGUAUACAUGGCUGAGUAUAUGAUCAAUCAAGGGGUUUCCCCAACGUUACUUUUUCCUUUAAAGGAAAUGCCAUUUAACCACUAUAGAGAUGCAUAUGUCACAUACAGCACUCUGUACCAGCUUGGUGUCUUUAUUUCCCGUUCUUCCGGAACUAUCGUUAGAAUUGACCACCUAUACCUUCCGUCAAUUCUUCAGGCACUUAAUCUUUUUCUUUGCAUUUACCAAUCUAUUUCACCUUGGCUCCCCAAUGUUUAUGCAGUACUGGCUUUAAUAUUUUAUGAGGGUCUACUAGGUGGUACAUCGUACGUUAAUACAUAUAGAUCGCUAACUGAGCAUACAGAACCAACAGAAAGAGAGUUUGCGAUUGGAUGCGUUGGAAUGAGUGAUAGUGCAGGAGUUUUAACAGCAGCACUUAUCUCAAUGCUGCUUGAACCAUCCCUCUGUCAUUAUCAAGCUAAAAAUGGGAGACCAUGGUGUCAAAUGACUUGA